AAGGUCGGAAUUUCGAAAGGAGACGAAGAAGUAGAAAGGCAGGGAAAAGGCGGAGAAGGGUAGAUGCCUAUCGAGACGCCGCGAGGGCUUCCUUUCUCCGUCGAUACGUGGAGCCACGCCUCUAAGCAGAAGCGUCACCAUUUCCUCACGCACGCCCACAAAGAUCACCUAUCGGGAAUUGCCGCUUUAUGCUCUUUCCCCAUUUACUGCACUCGCCUCACAAAAACCCUAGUGUGCCACCAAUUUCCGGAGCUUGAUGAUUCCCUGUUUUUGGAGAUUGAGUUGGGUGAACUAUUGGUAGUCAAAGAUCCAGAUGGGGAUUUCUCGGUGCGUGCUUUUGACGCGAAUCACUGCCCGGGUGCUGUUAUGUUCUUGUUUGAAGGUGGAUUUGGUAAUAUUCUGCAUACUGGGGAUUGUAGGUUAGACCCUGAGUGCCUGCAAAAUUUUCCUCUGAAGUAUGCCAAUAAGAAUGGGAGAGAUUGCAACCUCGACUAUAUAUUUCUUGACUGUACUUUUGGCAGAUGCUCUAUUGAGAUUCCAAGCAAGAAAUUAGCCAUCCAACAGGUAAUAAACUGCAUAUGGAAGCACCCAAAUGCAUUAGAAGUGUAUCUUGCUUGUGAUAUGCUUGGUCAGGAAGAUAUACUUGUUCAGGUGUCGAAAACUUUUGGAUCCAGAAUAUAUGUUGAUGAAAUAAAAAACCCUGAAUGCUUCAAUGUUCUUUCACUUAUAGCUCCAGAAAUUCUUUCAAAAGAUGAAUCUUCUAGAUUCCAGGUGGUUGAAGGCUUUCCAAGUUUGAGUGAAAGAGCAAGUAAAAAGAUAGCUGAGGCAAGAGCAAAUUUUCAUCCAGAGCCUCUUUUUAUUCGUCCCUCCACACAGUGGUACGCAACUAAUGAUCUAGCACAUAGACUAAAACUGUCAGAGGCAGAAAGAGAUGAAUGCGGAAUUUGGCAUGUGUGCUACUCAAUGCACUCUUCCCGAGAAGAGCUUGAAUGGGCUUUGCAAGUUCUCCAGCCCAAGUGGGUCAUUUCAACAACGCCACCUUGUCGAGCCAUGGAGCUUGAUUACGUCAAAAAACAUUGUUUCAAAACUCGAAUAGCUCCUGAUGAUCCUAUCUGGAAGCUUUUUUACGGUACUAGUGGUAACUCUGCUACUUUUUCAGCUUCCACCAAUUCAAUGUUCCCGGGGAACAUUAAUGCUGCCAUUACUGAAGUUUCGCAGGCUUCUACAAAAUUCAGCAUUGUGAAUCUAAAAGAGAUUUCAAUAGAUCAUCUUGAACUUAAAUUGGAUUUAUCUACAACACCCGUUGCUGUACCCAUUACAUUAUUUGGGAGAGCUAGACUUGAAGACCAGCAUAUUAAUAUCUUACAGGAAGAGAAGAAGCACUGUUCAGAGAAUACUGAGAAUAUCUCACUUGUGUCUACGCAAGAGGUUGUAGAUGUCCAUGAAUCUUCUAUUAGUCUGGGGCGUAUGGAUGCAAUUGAAUCUACAAGAACACAAGAACAUGAAUUAUUAUUUCAGAAUACCCUGGUUGAGCCAAAUAUGAAGAAAUGGAGAGAUGGUGCUACCCAAUACAUACCUAACAACGUGAAUCAUGCUCCUGAGCAAUUUGCGAGAGUUGAUGAACAAAUAUGCUUGGUAGAUAUUGCUUCAACGAAGGUUUCUGAUGCUACAGUGCCAAAAUUUGAAUACUUAAAAGAUGAUGAUGCUUCUAGUGAGAGUGACAAAAGUUAUAUAGGGUCAUCUAAGAAUAUAAAUGCAAAUUUGAGGAGGCUAUACAGGUCCAUGAAUGUCCCAGUUCCUCGACCACUCUCCUCAGUUGUUGAUCUCAUGAAUUCUAUUAAACGCUUUAAGACUGGUCCUGAUAGCAGUUUUUAAAAUCUUGAACUGUUCCUUUGAUUCAUCUGAGCACUUACUUGUACGAGCUGCAAAAUUUAAUAUAGAAGAAAUUAUCGUUCUCUCCGUUGCCA